AUGAGCUUCAAUAUAACAUCCGACGGUUCUCCUACGCCCCGAAAGGGUCCCACUCGGUUCUCCAUGGCAGCAGACUUGAAAAUUGACACUUCUCCAGAGGUAUUGGGUCAGGCGGUAGGCGGCAUGAGCCAGAACCACUACCCAUAUACGCUCCAUCGCUCGUUCGGCCCAUCAUUGACCUCUAACUCGCAGGGUAUGAAGCGGCCUCUAGGUUCAUCAACUCUGGGCAACCAGCCUAUGCUGCCCCAGCAGAACUCAUUCGACGGCUAUAAGAAGUCCAAGAUGGAGGCCCAUGAGGAAUCAGCCGUCAUGGACUCGCUACUGCAACGCCUCAACGGCCGUUCGUCACCGCAAGAUCACUUUACCUCCUCGAGCGGCUCCAUUCCGAUCACGCCGGCCACGGACGAAUUCGCGUCUACGCCCUCGACCGAGAUGACUGACUCUGUCCUGCUUGUCGACGCUUGCGAGCUACAAAAGCUAAAGCUUGAGCUACAACAAGCUCGUAACGAGGUCGAUCGUAUGAAUCAAGAGAUGCAUAGCCAGCAUGUGGCCAGAUCAACGAUGGAGCAUCUCAGCCAGUCGUCUGAGGCCGAUUACAGCUACACGGGCGACGUUACUGAGCAGACGCUCACCCAGCUGCAGAACAAAUUCAACGCCUCGACCCGGGCCAACUACGGCUGGGGCAAUGAGCCUGUUCGACCAGCAUACGGUGGCAGCAACAGCUUUGGCUCCUCGUAUCAGGCUCAACCUCGUCCACCACCCACACAGUUGGGCUAUCGCCGCAACGGCUUCCUCAACGAGCCCACACACUUCCCUCUCGACCAGAGUUUCCGCAGUAGUGCUCUGAGCAGUGGCUUGACGAAUGGUAUGAGCAACAGCUUCACCAGCGGUAUGAGCAGCGGCUUGGGCAACGGUAUGAACAAUCCACCUAGCCGUCCAGGCUCCGCCUUCGAUCCCCUCUACAGCCAGUAUGUUGUUCCGCCAAUGUAUACUACCGGCCAAAUGGCGCCAAUCGGUACAAUGGGUAGCAGACUAUCACCUGAUGCAACCGAGUUCAAUGUUGCCAACGGCAUGGGUCCAUCGCCAUGGAACUCUCAGACUCCCAGCGAGGCUGGCAUCUCCCAGUACGUUCCUCCUGCCGAGCCUAUGAACUACCGUCGCCUCUUAGACCGCAACAUGAGCUGCAACUGGAAGUACAUCGUCGAUAAGAUCAUCUGCAACAAUGAUCAACAAGCGUCCAUAUUCCUUCAGCAGAAACUGAAAGUCGGCACACCUGAACAGAAGUAUGAGAUUGUCGAAGCGAUCAUUUCACAAGCUUAUGCUCUGAUGGUCAACCGCUUCGGCAACUUCCUCGUCCAGCGCUGCUUCGAGCAUGGCACCAAUGAGCAGAUCGUUGCUAUUGCUCAGGCAAUUCGUGGCAACACGCUUGCUCUCAGCAUGGACGCCUUUGGCUGCCACGUUAUUCAGAAGGCUUUUGAUUGUGUACCUGAAGAGUACAAGGCGACCAUGGUACACGAGCUGCUGCGACGUAUCCCCGAGACUGUCAUCCAUCGAUAUGCUUGCCAUGUGUGGCAGAAGCUGUUUGAGCUUCGCUGGAGCGACUCUCCACCUCAAAUUAUGCGCUACGUCAACGAAGCUCUCCGCGGCAUGUGGCACGAGGUCGCUUUGGGUGAAACUGGCAGUCUGGUAGUGCAGAACAUCUUCGAGAACUGCCUUGAAGAAGACAAGCGUCCCUGCAUCAACGAGGUCCUUGCCAGCAUCGAUGUUAUCGCCCACGGUCAAUUCGGUAACUGGUGCAUUCAGCACAUCUGCGAACACGGCGCUCCCGCUGAUCGUAGCCGUGCAAUUGACCAUAUCCUCCGCUUCGCUACGGAGUAUAGCACGGACCAAUAUGCUUCCAAGGUCAUCGAGAAGUGCCUCAAGAUUGGAAACGGCGAUUUUCUGGACCAUUACUUGGAGCGUGUCUGCGAGGGUCGCCCGGACCGUCCGCGUAUGCCUCUCAUUGACAUUGCUGGGGAUCAAUUUGGAAACUAUCUCAUCCAGCAUAUCUUGACUCACAGCAGUGCGCAUCACCGUGAGCUAGUUGGCAGCCACAUCCGCAAGCACAUGGUCUCUCUCCGCGGUUCAAAGUAUGGCUCCCGCGUUGCGAUGCUGUGCUGCAACCCCGCUCUUGCUACGCGCCCAGGACCUCCCGCCGGCAUGGUUCCUCGCUACAACAACAACAAUAACCCCGUUCCGCGCACCAGUUUUGGCGCCUUCCGUUGA